AUGGUGAUUGCUACUACAUGUACACUGUUAGGCACUGUGUCCCGCGGCAGUGCUGGUGGCCAUGGUUCCCGUAGCCAGAAGGAGCUGCCCACAGAGCCCCCCUACACAGCAUACGUAGGAAAUCUACCUUUUAAUACGGUUCAGGGCGACAUAGAUGCUAUCUUUAAGGAUCUCAGCAUAAGGAGUGUACGGCUAGUCAGAGACAAAGACACAGACAAAUUUAAAGGAUUCUGCUAUGUAGAAUUCGAUGAGGUGGAUUCCCUUAAGGAAGCUCUGACAUAUGAUGGUGCACUGUUGGGUGAUCGGUUGCUUCGUGUGGACAUUGCAGAAGGCAGAAAACAAGAUAAAGGUGGCUUUGGAUUCAGGAAAGGUGGACCAGAUGACAGAGGAAUGGGUGGCUCUCGAGAAUCUAGAGGUGGAUGGGAUUCCCGGGAUGACUUCAAUUCCGGCUUCAGGGACGACUUCCUAGGAGGCAGGGGAGGUAGUCGUCCAGGUGACCGGCGAACAGGCCCUCCCAUGGGGAGUCGUUUUAGAGAUGGCCCUCCCCUUCGCGGAUCCAAUAUGGAUUUCAGAGAACCAACAGAAGAGGAAAGAGCACAGAGACCACGACUCCAGCUCAAACCUCGAACAGUUGCAACACCCCUCAAUCAAGUAGCCAACCCCAACUCUGCUAUCUUUGGGGGAGCCAGGCCCAGAGAGGAAGUCGUUCAGAAGGAGCAAGAAUGAGCUCGUGGUUGGGAGGGAAUGGGGUGUGGGGGGAAGUAGAGCAAGACCCCAGCCCAGCUCUUCCCCUGGGCCGGCAGUCCUGCAGCUCCCAUUCCUGCGCCUGGCAUUGUCCUCCUUUCUUACAGUGGAAACACAGAGCUUGUGAAUGCAUGUCAGCUGUUAACAAGUGGUUUUUAGUACAUCCUUGGCUUUGCUGUAUCUACCUAGUGCCCGUUUUGUGCUUUUUUUUCCCCCCUUCUAUUCCUUCCCCACUUUCCUUUGUCCUUUUUCCUUCUUGCUCCUUGUUUUCCUUACAGCACACAGGUUUCCGUGGAGGAGCGAAGGCGGCCACCACGUGGGAGUUGUUUGGGUGAAGGUGCUGCUUCAUUUCUCUCCUUUGCUUUGUCUUUUUAGUUUAGACAUACUGGCUAGACUCCGGGUGUUUCCUUUGAUUUUCUGUGCUUCUCUUCUUACCUGCAUGUUGAGUUCUGUAUUGCUGUGGCUUCCAAGAAAAAAGCAGAAGUCUCUGACAAAUUGAAUAGCAUAUUGUUUUUAUUCAGCUGUGAUCAACAUACAAAAUUUGAGGCACCUUAUUUUUAAAACAAGUAUAAAAUAUUGUUGAUCCUUGCAGAUUCUUUCCCAUUCCUGUUUACAGGUGGUCCUAUCUCCAUUACCACCUCCCCAGAUGGAUUUUUCAAGCAGAAGAAUAGACUCACAUUUCAAACAGUGCAACCUGAAAGGAAAGGAGUGUGGAAUAUUGGUGGGGAGUUGUUACCGCUUUUUGGAGACCCUGUCCAAACUAGUUAACACCUUUCACUAGGUGUAUGUGGGGCUCCUUUCUGGCUGGGGGUAGCCCACUGCCAGUUGGUUUCAUUUCCGCUGGGUUGCGGCGCUUCGGGGAUUGAGGGUGGUGGUGCUGGAGCUAACUUCAUAACAUUGACGUUACUUUUGUCUGAGUCCCUUUCUGUGUAUUUUGCAUCUCUCCCUGUAUUCGUCUGUUUCCCAGUGUAAGUAACAUAAUGAGAUACUGCUUCCCACUGCCCCAGAAAUUCAUAGUGAGCAUGGGCCUAGAAUCAGGCACUUUAUUUCACUUGAUGAUUGGAAAUUUUUACUAUGCAGAGCUGUCAAGAACCUUAAGAUAACUGUAAAUGACUGUAAAUUUCGAGGUUUGCUGCCUCAUCUUUCGGACAAAGUUUAUUUUUCCACAUACAGUGUUCAGCACUUACCUGGGAGUAGGGGUUAGGCAAUAGCUUUUGAGCUUGAACACCUGUGUGUGAAAAACAAAUGAAAAAUCUUUAGUACCUGAGUCUCAGUCUGUCCCAUUGGGAGCAGAUCGAGGUCCACCAACAGCUAGAGCCCUGGGGAAGAGAGAGACCCUGGCCAGGUUGACCAGAGGGCCAAGGGGUGGCCUGGCUUAUGCAGCGUAGUGUGCUUAGGUCAUAGUUGGUCACUAGCUGUCAUCCUUGGCUUCUCUUACUGUGUCUUUGUUACAAGGUCUCAGCAAUUUACAGAACUCUCAUGCCUUUCCAUCCUUCUACCUGUCAGCUUCUCUGCUGAGAUAAGAACCAUUUGUGUAACACCAAUACUUAACUUAAGAAAGACAUGCAUUAUGUGGUUGUAAUCAAACCUGAUGCUUUCAGAUGAGCUACUUACAUCUUCAGUGUGGAAAAGAUAAAGAACAAAACAAAUUCACCUAAACUGGGCAAUCCAGUUGACUUUUAAUGUAAGAAUGCAAUUCCAAACACUCAACACAUUCAGCUAUAUGACAGAAAGUAAAUCUAUGGAUAUGGUAUUUUGUGAAUGAUCUUUUAAAUAAAAGAAAACCUUACAUAAUA